AUGGGAAAAGGUACUGACAAACUUUAUAUUACACAUUCCGAGUGGUCCUCCUCCGACGCGUAUUCGGCCAGUGCGGGCUCGAAUGUGUCGCAGAAAGCCCCAAAUGGCGCAUCCUUCAAGAGGUUGCCGUUCAACUUUUGCGCAGCCAGUCUGCAACCUUUUCUCAAUCCCGUCUGCACACCAGAGGGCACCAUAUUUGACGUCGAGGUCAUCAGCGAGUGGCUUGCCAAACAUGGCACGAAUCCAGUCACCGGAAAGCCAUUGAAGGAUAAAGAAUUAAUCAAACUGAACUUUGCGCGCAAUUCCGAUGAUGGAGGGGUUGAUAAUGGGAAGGGGGAUAUGGUCGAUCCGAUUACGUUCAAGGUUUUUACAGACAAUACCCACAUUGUGGCAAUACGACAUGGCAGCGAGGCCAAUGUUUUUGCAUGGGAGACAAUCGAAAGACUCAAUGUGAAGGCAAAGAUGUGGAAGGAUCUAGUGGACGAUCGCGAAUUCGGAAGAUCAGAUAUUAUCACCCUGCAAGACCCUCAGAAUAUCGAAUCGCGAGACCUGAGCAAGUUUAAAUUCAUCAAAGAGGGCGAAACAGUCUUGACAAAGGAGCAGCAGGAGGAGCGACAGAAGGGAUCAGUCAAUAUAGAUGCUCUUGGUAGGGUUGGCGAUAAAGUCUUGAGAGCGAAGGAGGCAGUUGAGAAGGCUAGGAGGGAGAGGGAAGCUGGUGGGGAUGUCAACCGCUCAAAGACGUUGAGCAAGACGGGUUCCGGCAACACAGCACCUAAGCCCUCUUUGAUACAGGAAAAGAAGCUGGCAUACAAUGCUGCGCAGUAUACUACCGGAAGAGCAGCGGCGAGUUUUACCAGCACCGGACUCACACCAGAAACUAGUGGUGAACGAGCGCUACUUUCCGAUGAAGAGUACAUGCUUCGACCAAAACGAGUCAAGAUCAAAGGAUAUGCUAGAAUUGAGACCAAUUUUGGCGCGUUGAACAUUGAGUUGCAAACGGAAACUGCUCCCCGGGCGGUUUGGAAUUUUGUACAGCUGGCGAAAAAGGGAUAUUACAAUGGAGUUGUAUUUCACAGAAACAUAAAGAAUUUCAUGAUCCAAGGUGGUGAUCCGACUGGGACUGGAAAAGGAGGCACGAGUAUAUGGGGCAAGAAUUUCAACGACGAGUUUGAUGGCCCGCUAACUCAUGACGCGAGAGGCAUCAUGAGCAUGGCAAAUAAGGGGAAGAACACAAAUUCGAGCCAGUUUUUCAUAAUCUACCGUCAAGCAAAACAUCUUGACAGAAAACAUACCAUCUUCGCCCGCGUCGUGGGCGGGUUAGAUGUUUUACAAAAAUUGGAAAAUGUACCAGUUGAUUCGACAUCAAAUAGGCCGUUAAACGAUAUUGUUAUGGAAAAGGUUGUGGUAUUCGUUGAUCCCUUUGAGGAGUUUCAAAAGCAGAAGCAUGAUAAAGAUGCUGCUGAGAAGGAAAGGGAAGAAAUUAAGAAACAAGGCGGGACAGAGGACGACAAAACGACAUGGACUGGCAAAAGACUUAGGGCUGAUGGUACUGUUGUGCAAAACGACCAAGCUGGCGGUGUUGGUAAAUACCUGCGAGCUGCUUCUGAGAAAGAGGCUGUCGCGACUAGUGUUGAUGAUGAUAUGCAGGAGUUCGAGCCUGUCAAGAAGAAGAUCAAAGCUGGAGGGUUUGGCAAUUUCGAUGGCUGGUGA